UGUAUAUAUAAAAAAAAUUAGAAAUUCCUUCUGAUUUGGACAACAGAUUUCUUCCAAAAAUGUUUAAAUCUAUGAAUAACCAAUGAUUUAAUGAAUUCUGGUCUUGGUUAAUUUUUUUCUUCUCUUUCUUUUUCAUCUCUAAUUAAUUUAAUUCCUAACUAUUUCACUUCAUGUUUCACUGGGACAAUUCCAGCCGGUUCUGGCGCCCCCUGCUGGCUGACAGCGGCUCACUUCCGGUCGCUUGUCUUUGCUAAUAAAGUUUUGAAUCAAGAUGGCGCUGAGGGCGUCUCGCCCAGCCCGGGAGGUUUUCAAGCUGAAGGAUUUCUGCUCCCGGAGGCUGCGGAAGUCUCUGGCGGACUUCUGCCGCCGAGGCGUCUAUGCAGCGGCGGGGAGCUGCUCCAGUGGCGCCGGCUUCAGUGGACCUCUGGAUCAUUACAGCCGGCUGAUCCGGGACGGGACCCUGCGGGACGACCAGCGCCAGAGAGCCGUGCUGCAGGAGCUGGAGCAGCUGCAGAGGACCCUGAGGGGAUACAGCAACACGCCCCCGUCCAUCUUCUCCAGGAUCUUCACCAAACCAAAGAACCUCAGAGGUUUCUACAUCUACGGUGACGUAGGAACAGGGAAGACGAUGGUGAUGGACCUGUUCUACUCGUACGUGGAGACAGAGAGGAAGAGGAGGGUUCAUUUCCAUGGGUUCAUGCUGGACGUGCACAAAAGGAUCCAUCGGCUCAAACAGAGUUUGCCCAAAAGGAAAGCUGGAAAAAUGGCCAAAGCGUACGACCCCAUCGCUCCGGUUGCCGAGGAGAUCAGCGAGGAGGCGUGUCUGCUGUGCUUCGACGAGUUUCAGGUCACGGAUAUCGCAGACGCCAUGAUCCUCAAGCAGCUCUUUGAACACCUGUUCCUGAACGGGGUCGUCGUCGUGGCAACCUCGAACCGGCCUCCUGAAGACUUGUAUAAAAACGGCCUUCAGAGAGUCAACUUUGUGCCUUUUAUUGCUGUUCUGAAGAAAUAUUGUCAGACUCUUCGGCUGGAUUCUGGAAUAGAUUACCGCAAACAGAACAGACCGUCUGCAGGGAAACUCUACUUCCUCUCCAGUGAGCCAGACGUGGAGGCCACGCUGGACAAGAUGUUUGACGAGCUCGCUUUCAGACAGAACGACAUAACACGGCCGCGGGUUCUGAACGUUCACAACAGGAAGGUGGUUCUGAGCAAAGCGUGUGGGACGGUGGCGGAUUGCACCUUCCAGGAGCUCUGCGACCGCCCUUUAGGAGCCAGCGACUACCUGGAGAUGUCCCGCCUCUUCGAUACCAUCUUCAUCCGCCACAUUCCUCUGCUGAGCCUGAACCAAAAGACGCAGGCGCGGCGGCUGAUCACGCUGGUGGACGCGCUCUAUGAGCAGAAGGUGCGGGUGGUGCUCCUGGCUGAUCAUCCGCUGGAGGAACUGUUUGUCCACGAGGAGGGGGCCGGUCACGACGACAGCCACGCCCUAAUGGACGACCUGGGCCUGAAGCGGAAUUCCAUCCGGCACAACCUGUCCCUCCACAGCCGUUUUGUCAAAGUCCAGAACGAAGGAACUGGGAAAAGCUCCUGGUGGGUGGUCAACCCUGAAGGUGGGAAAGGCGGGAAGGCCCCCCGCAGGCGGGCUGUUUCCAUGGACAACAGCAAGUACAUGAAGGGGGCUCGGGGGCGCGCCACCAAAAAGAAGGCGUCGCUGCAGGCGGCCCAGGACGGCAGCUCCGAGAGCUCGUCCAGCCUCUCUAAGUGGACCGGCAGCCCAAGCAGCGACGAGCUGGACGCCUGGACGGACUUCCGUUCCCGGACCAACUCCAACGCCAGCACGCUCAGCGGCCGCCUGUCUCCCAUCCUCGCCAACCUGGAGCUGGACGAGGUUCCCGACGACGACUCCCCCCUCUCCCCCAUGCUGUACUCCAGCCCCAGCAGCAUGUCCCCGUCCACCGGCCCCACGGGACUCUCGGACCUGGCCGGAACCAUGAACCUGAACGACGGGCUGUCGGACAACCUGAUGGACGACCUCUUGGACAACAUCAGCCUGACGGCGUCCCAGCAGCCUCCUCCUGGAGAGGAAGACCCCGGCGCCAGCGCUCAGGGGGGGUCUGUGUUUACAUUCAGCUGCCCCGGUGGUGGUUUAGGAAGUCCAUCUGGGACCUACGGGUCCAGCCCUCUGUUCAGCCCCCCCUCCCUGACAGGCCUGCGGCCGUCCCCCAUGCAAACCAUCCAGGAGAACAAGCAGACCACCUUCACCUCCCCCUUCAGCGACCACCAAAGCCUGCUGGACUCCCCCAGCCACAACGUCCUGCUCACCCAGUCCGACCCCCUGAUGUCGCAGGCGAGCGCCGCCAUGGCCCUGCAGAACUCCCGCCGCAACUUGUUCCGCAAAGACGCCCUGCUGGUGACUCACGGUGGUUCGGCCCAGAGCGUGGCGCUUUGGCAAGCCGGCUCGUCAGCCUGCGACGGCGACGGCGGCCGCGUGGACGCCAAGCAGCUCAAGUCUCCCAGCAAGCUGGCCGGCCCCGACCUGGACCUGGACGUGUUUGACGGCAGCCUGGAGUGCGACAUGGACGUCAUCGUACGCAACGAGCUGAUGGAGGCCGACUGCCUGGACCUCAGCUUCGACGCCCGGCUGGGCCCCACCCACAACAGGAAUUCUGGGAGCUCCAAGCAGAGCUGGGUGCCAAGCUGAGCCCCGAGGGCGUAAGGGACAGAUGGGGGGGGGGGUUUAAAUUAGGCUCGGUGUUGGGCGUCGCGCCCCAGAGGGACGAGAGUUUGUCCGAAUGAGUCAGGGCGAAGUUUCCUUCCCUUCCUUUAGGCGGCGCUCUCCACGCAGCGAGGGUCUCGCCGGCCGGGACGUUUGUGAAAAGCUUGGACUCCAACUCAGGGAAUAUCACAGAGCGAUGGUCGUCAGGGGGGGGGGCUUUGACAGCUCAACCAACUUCCUUUGCCAAACCAGCCGGUCGAUCCUGGCCGCCUGUUUACAGAACCGCCGCCAUCUUGCGGGGACGCUGGACCCGUCUCUCCUCUGUCCGGGCAGAUCCGGUAACGUGUGACGUCCCCGCUGGUUCCAGACGCGUCACCGUGGCCCAUGCUCGCUGACCUGUGGGAGGAGUUAUGAAGGUGGCAGGGCUGUGGGGGCGCCACGGUGGCGAUCUCUGCCGGUCCAGCCGUUUAAACUGACUCUUGCCAAAAUGUCUGCGGGGGGGAGCAGGCAGUGUAGAGAGUUAGACACAGCCGUGGUUUUAGGUUUACAUUUUCUAACGGAAGCAGAAACGCCGUCAUGUAUUUAUUGAGAUUGAUCUGCAUCAAUGUGGAGGGUUAAAAGUGACCAAAUACCGAGCAGACAUCCACCCACCAAAACGCCAACAACCGACCAAUCCAGAUCACUUCAAAAUGAGCGUAGAGUAAAACUUUGUUUCAAUAAAGAGUUUUAUUACUUCAACCUAAGUUAUAAAACAAAAAUGUCAACUUUGAUAAGACUGAACCUCUUUAAAACCCAACUGUUGUAAAUGUCAGUAAAAAACAAUUUGAUUUAUUCAAAUGUUCUUGUAGAAAAACACAAACUUUUGUUUAUUUACAGAAGGGUUUAAGUUUGGGUUUUUAUUGCACUUUUAAUUCCUAAAACAUGAUUACAUCGAUCACUUUGUGGUUUGGUUUUGUCAUGUCAUGAAACUUAUUUAGCCACUUUUCCCGCCACAUGUCAGACGAUGAUGUCAUCCUGUGGUGAGCUGAACAGACUGCAGGUCGUCCGUGCUUCCGCGAAGGUUUUCCCAAGAGGAAAACUUCCAGUUGUUUGUGUUUUCAGAUGUGGUGCGUGUAAAUAAAGCUGGAACAGCC